UGCCACUGUACAAAGCUCCUGUUUACUAUCUAUGAACAGGAGAGCUUGGCCAAAUGCACCCAAAUGAGAAGCAAGGAAUGUAUACAUGAGAAAUAUUGUUUUGUCAAAUUAGGCAAAUGUCAAGUAAAUCGCAAAUGAGUUGAAUAUAUUUAUUUACAUUUCUAUUUUGUUCAUAUAUGCGCUAUGAAUAUUUUACCAAAGAAACGAUGGCACGUCCGUACCCGAGAAAAUAUUGCCCGAGUUCGAAGAGACGAAGCUGCUGCUGCUGAACAGGAGAAAAUAAGACAAGAUAGAAUAAAACUUGCUGAAAAAGAGGCAAGGAGAGCAUUACUUCUAGAGAGAAGCCGUAAAUUCUCCCAAAUUGAUACACAUGAACCAGAAAAAGAACAGGAAUCUGUUGUGAAUCAACAUGUUAACCUCUUCGAGGACUUACAGAGAGGUACAGAAGAAACAAAACAAACGAAUACUGAACAUGAUAAAGAAAAGAAAGAGGAACGAGAGAAGUACGAGAAGCAAAUUGGUUACUUGACCUACUUGGGACAGGACACGAAUGAAGCAUUGGGUAAAAAAAGUUGGUACGAUGUGGCACCAGAUAGGUCAGAUGUGAAAGGCGAGACCAAUUUGAAGAGUAAAAUCAGAGAAGAUCCGUUACAAGUCAUGCAUAGAUGUACUGCUCUAGGGAAGAAUUCUAAAUCAAAUUCAGAUAGUGACUUGCAGCAGUCUAGACUCCUCUGUGAAAGCUCCACUAGGACAAAGGAACAGGCGCGUAAAGGAAUCAAAAGAAAACACCAAAGUGAAAGCUUGGAAAGCCAUACAAGUGAUGAAAAAAUGAAGACUUUAGAGUUAUUAAGAGCGAAACGGUUAAAACGGGAAGCUGAAGAGAAGAUUAAAACCGAAAUGCUCUUGUUGAAACUUAAAGGGGGUGGUAAGACAAAGGAACAAGAUAGAAGUAGCGGAAUUCAUUCUCAUAAGUCACGAUAUAACUCUCAGUUCAAUCCAGAAUUGGCCAGGCAAAAUUACAAAUGAACUAUUCUGGAUCAAGAUAUCUAGACUACUAGAAUUUGUAUAUGUUGCAUUAAUCUGAAACUAUAAAUUACAAUAAACUAGAAAUGUAUAUAUUGUAAUGUUAUAUUAUUUUGUUUACUUAUAUCUAUUUAUUUUUGACAUUUAAUUUCUAGGGUGAUAUUGAAAUUAUUCAUAUCCUGCUUUACACAUAAAAUGACAAAAAUGUUUCAUUUUGAAAGUAUAUUGGCAUCCCUAUCAAAUUAAUGAAUGAGCAAGGAUCUAUUUAUGAGUAUUUAUUAUUGUCAUCAUUGCAAAAUUUACUGCUUGUCAUAAACCACCAUCAAAUUGGUUUUUUAUUCAUAUAAUUUGAUAUAAUUAAUGGGGAAAAAUGAAAUGUAUUCAUUUGGCCUUCAUUAUAUGGUUUGCAUUCUCAA